GUAACAAUGAUGCUGUUGCCAAGAGGUUCGGCACUCAUUCAGCGAAAUCACUGGGAUUCACAGCAGACGCGCGGUAACUGGCCUGCCUGCAAACGUUGGAAGCAGAAGGAACCGAUACCCGUUUUUUGUCAGGCGCUUACGAAAGCUCGAAAUGUCACUCGGUACACCCAAAACGCAAACGGCAUAUCUGGCACUCCUUGGCGAGGUUUUGCAGCAGCCUGGCCAUCACUACAUUUAUCACAAUGAGACGCAGUACAAAACUGAACAAAGAUUCUCGAUAAUGUCAGACAUAGGCGCUGGGUUCACGGCACGAGCUUUUUACUACAACAAAGAUAAUCGGGGCACAUCAGAUAUUAGUAUUUAUUACAAAAGUGGCGCUGAGGCGUGGUACAUGGAAAUGAAUUACGAAAAGGGUAAAGUGUCUGCUAUACAUAGAAAGCGCGUAAAAGGUUCAACUGAAUCUCCUGACAUCCAAAUAGCAAACGACUCCUUCUACUCAUUCGCCGUUCGUUGCAAGGACGAGGAAUUUAUGGAGGGUUACCUAAACAAGCACCUUUUACAUACAGGAUCUGUAGAGAAAAUCCCAGGUUACACCUGGCAGCUCACCCUCCAGAAUGAGCACCAAAAACUUCUCUCUGUACAUUUAACAUUUGAGGAGCCGCCGGAUACACUAAAAUUAUCUGAUUAUUGGGGAACGAAGUCGUACCUUGAAAACCAAUGGGUUCCAAUAGGAACCGUUGGAGUUUUCGAAUGUGCUUUAGUAGACAAAUCUGCACCGCAUUGGUUAAAAAUUACUGAUUCUCAGGGCUAUGAACAGCAAGUGGAGUUCCAAAGCGGUUCUUUGACGCAGGACUCUGAGCUCUGCUAUAAUAUACGCCUGUCACCCGUAGCAUACAUUGUGACUACUAGUUUUGACUACACCUCCAAGACCAUAUACGACAGCAGUGGUGCCUAUUACAUUAGGGUGAAAUUCUCCCCUGCUGUGUACAUCAAGCGCUACGAUAUGAAAAUUCCAUACUUCACGCCUUACUAGCCAUAGCCGCAUCACUCGGAUACUGGUCAACGUUUAAACAGAUUCAAUAAAAUUACCACUCGGUUCUGAAAAGAA